CCACAGGUCACCGAGGGGUUCAGUACUGGUACAGUCCCAUUUUCCCCGACCAAGACAAGACGACAAGACAAGGCAAAGCCCAGAUCAAGACCAGAAAACGGCGUUGAAGGUUGCUCAAUUUGGCUCGCCGCUUUCUAAGCCGUGACCUCGGCGACCCUUUUUCAUGGACGCUCGGCCAAAUACGGCAGACUCGAAGCAUCAUUAUCCUCCUCAUCUACAGCUCUGGAACCGCUCGAUUUCUAGCCCUGCUGUUCCCAAAUUGGCCACUUCCGGUCUCCAUACCGCCGCUGUCACUAUCUCCGUCACGAACACGAGCGUGAGCGCCAGCACCAGCGCUGGCAGUAGUAGCACAAUCUCACCACGGCCAGGACCCGACCUGCACCAGCACCUGCACCUGCACCAGCAGCCACACUCACAACACUUGCACUCACCACACUCUGCAUUCCCCACCCACAUUGAUCUGCUCCCAAUUCUCUUCCCUCAGCAAAACUCAUUGUAUCACGCGCAACUGCUACAGUACAAUAAACUCAUCGCGCCGGGUCGGGGACGCGGCGGAGGACUACAGACCACACCUCUGCCACCAUUACUGUCGACUCCAAGCGUGCAGGUUGGACAGCGAUCGAGAUCAUCCUCCAACGUCAAGGUGUCGAACAAGGACUCUUCCCGCGCCAAACCUGGCACGCAAAAUUGCCAUGGGAAUAGAGGCGCACAGAACAAUAACACCAGUAAAGGCGACCGCGCUGGUAUAGCACCCAACGACAAGAUGCCGCCACCAAGGAGAACCGCCGCCGCCGCCGAGCUCGCCCACCCCCUCCCAUCACGACCAGCUGUGGCACCCUCCACCUCGCCCACGAAUCUUACUGCGCCAGCAGGCCAUUCCAAUUCGGUUCCUUCGACUCCCCACCAACAUCCGAGGAAGUUUGUAUAUGAAUCGAGGGAGCCGUCGCCGAACGCAACUCAGGGUCACUCGCCCCGCUCUGCCUACUCGGAAACGAAUGGUAACGUGCCUUCUCUGAGGCCGCUCCCGCCGCGGCAGGGUGGCUGCAAGUUCGAAACGGCAGUGCAAAAUAUCCGACGCAGAAUACCGUACAGUAUAGGUGCUGAAAAGCUGGAAGCGUCGGACGUUGGCAAGAUCCAAAGUAAACUUUCUGAAGGCGAUGAGAGGAGGUUAACCACAGACAUGCGUGAACUCUACGAUAGGUUAAAGCCGACUGCCGCUGUGGAAGAAAAGCGACACCAGCUUGUGCAGAAGCUGGAGAAGAUGCUGAACAACGCUUGGCCAGGUUGUAAUAUUCGUGUCAACCUAUUCGGCUCUUCUGGCAAUCUGCUCUGCACCGACGACUCCGAUGUGGAUAUUUGCAUUGAGACAACGUGGAAGGAGCUUGACAAGCCGAUUUGCAAACUCGCCGAACUCUUAGCCAAAAACGGAAUGCAGAAGGUAACAUGUGUAAGUUCUGCAAAGGUCCCAAUUGUGAAGGUCUGGGACCCUGAACUGGAGCUGGCCUGCGACAUGAAUGUCAACAACACAUUGGCUUUGGAGAACACUCGCAUGAUUCGGACCUACAUUGAGAUCGAUGAGCGAGUGCGCCCACUCGCAAUGAUAAUCAAACAUUGGACCCGUCGUAGGGUGAUCAAUGAUGCAGCCUUUGGUGGCACUUUGAGUUCGUAUACCUGGAUAUGCAUGAUUAUAGCAUUCCUCCAAUUACGACAACCGCCAAUCCUUCCCUCUCUCCAUCAGCGACCUCAUCUCAAAAAAGGCAAAAAAGAAGGUGACAUUGCUCCAUUUGGCGACGACUUGGAUCGAUUGCGGGGACAUGGCGACCCGAACAAGUCCACACUAGGCGAGCUUCUGUUCGAGUUCUUCCGCUUCUACGCACAUGAGUUUGACUACGACAACAGCGCUUUAUCUGUACGUCUAGGCAAGUUGAUGCCAAAGUCUGACCGUAAGAACUGGAUACUCGCCAUCAACAAUCGCUUAUGCGUGGAGGAACCUUUCAACACGAUGCGAAACUUGGGCAACACUGCAGACGAUACUUCCUUCCGUGGGAUACAUCUCGAACUGCGACGAGCCUUCGAGCUCGUCGCAGCAGGCCAACUUGAAGAGUGCUGUGAGCAGUAUGUUUUCCCAAAAGAGGAGGAGAAGCCUUUUUUCCAGAAGCCCGCAUCAGUGCCUCGUCCCGCCCUUCUGCGCAGCGCCUCACAGACGAAUCAGCGCAGCAAUGGUAACACCAGGAGAGGAGGCCGACAGCAGGGCCAGUUUCGUGGUAAUAACAAUCAUGGAAACAACCGUAGAGCCUCAUCCAGCACGACAUACGACAACAAUGCCAAUGUCGCGUAUUAUCAAGGCUACCCUUACGUCGCAACAAGCGACGGCAUGUUUACCCUUGCUCAGACGCUUUCGGAACUGCAGUUGCAGGAGAACCAGCUUCGUUUCCUGCAGUACACCCAGAGUCAAGCGCUGGCUCAGCAGCAACAGGUCUUCACACAUGCUCAAAGAAUGCAAGGAAACGCCUCACAGCCCCAAACGUCGACAGAGCGAUCUAGGACUAACUCCUUCGACAAUCCACCAUUAACAGCGCCAAUUCGUCCCGAAAUGUGGUAUUGGCAGCAGUUUCAAGGUCAGCCCUACUAUGCCGCCGCCCAGCCAAGCUUCACGUCGUAUCCGUCGUCGCCUUCAAAUCAGCAGCCUGCUGAGCAGCUUCGUGGCUCUCAUAGAUCAAGUACGACGAGCGAAGCUGGAACGGCAGCAUCAGGUAGCGCCUUGCGCUCCCAUUCGCAGCCGGCAUCACGGUCAGUGCCUGGGAAUCAAGCAAUUCCCGGUGUACUAGGACAGAUACCUACUGCAAAUGGCACUGCGAGCAUUCCUACGCAGCAACUCAAUGGAAGAGCCAUUCCUAGCUUCAUUCCUGAUGAAAAUAAUGAUACCGAGCAAGGCCCCAACGCGAAUUCAAAUCAUACUCCACCUGGCGAAGAGAAGCACUACGGCCAGCACCUUGACGUGUCUAUGAGUCCAGCCGCUAAAGCCAAUGGUGUUCAUAAUGGGCUCCCAGCAUUUGGAGACAUCGGAAUACAGGGGUCAAGGCAAAACACUGAGGGGCGUCGUCGCUUAUCGUCCGAGCAAUUUCCCCAGUCUAUUCUGAACAGAAUUAAGCGGACCUCGCGCUCGCCAUCACCGCUAGGUCACAACAGAACCUACUCCGCUGGCACGGGUUCUACCCCAUUGGUGUCAGCUCCCUUGCCAGCAUCAGCUAGUAAAUCUCUGCAGGAUAUGAAGCCUUUAGUUGUAAAUGGGUCGGGUUAUAAGCCCUCAAGCGCUGUGGCAAGCCGCAAGCCUUCUGCGGGUGAAAGCGCAAACCUUCCGGACGUUAUGUACGAUCACCCAGUUCACGUUACCCAACCGCUAAACGGGGCGCUGGUCAGACCUGACUUACCUCUAAAUCAGCCUGUUGCAUAUGCAAUGGCCGAAUCACGUCUUCCUGAACGGCCUCUGGUUGUCAAUGGAUCGUGUCCAGCACCAACUGUGCUGCGUAACGGACUAGAAGGGCCAAUGACGCCCAAUGGCUCUCUGAGUGCUUCUUCGUAUUUCCCGGUUAACUCAUCGCCCAUGCACUCCUCGCCUCUGCGAAUUUCACCGGCGACUUUUCAGCGAGGUCUCCUGCCUGAACAUCUCCAGAGCCCUUUAACGGCACUUGACUUGGCGACAGAUCGGAUGCACUUGAAUGACCCACAUCUAUCGCCAAUUAAUGAAGCCACGCCAUCCCCAACAGCUAACCGCAAAUUUGAUUUGCCUCCAAACUUACCUCGGACGAGACCUGGUCCGUCUAGCUCGGGCAAAGAAUCGAGGCACGAGGCGAAAUCGAAGCAGAAAGCGCAGAACGAUGUGCCAGCUACAAAGCUUGAGGCAGCGCAUGCUUCUAAUCCUAGACACAACGGCCAUUCCCGAGAGCACGGCCACACGAGAGGGGCCAAGAGCGAAAGUGACAAUACUUCCGCGAACGGCUGGCAAAAGAUCUCAAAGGGAAAGAAAAGGGGCAUAGAUAUGAGGAAUCGAAGCGAGGCCUUUCCUCAGAGUGAGCUGCCACCCAAGAACGACUCGGAAAGAAAGGGAGGAUAAGCAUUUGAUCAAAGUGUUGAUGUCUUCCCACUUCUUGGAUAACAACCUCUGCCAACCACGGCAUCUGCCUGAUGGUCGAAUCUCGCUUCGAGAUAUGCUAAAUCUAUAUUUGGACAACCAUGGAGAUCCAGGCUAUUAUGUGGAUACGAUCUCGCCCAUCCGGACACAGGCAAUGACUAUGAGUGACGUACGAACAUGG